CUACUUAUCCACGCCACAACCAGAAAUUCAGCUGAAAAAUGCAAAAACGAGCACAAUAAUCACCUCUACGGUUCCCUCCUUUUUUUUAUCCACGUGUCUCACCCUCCUCAUCUCAAUUCACAAAUAACCAUCACACCGUCUUUAUUCUUCGACCGUCGUCUCGCAUUGCAAUUUUGCGAAAUAUAAACCUCUAUUCCAUUCUUGUAAAGGAAUAAUACUAGUAUUUGUUACCAUUUGUGAAAGGAAAAUGCAUAAUAGAGAAAAAUAGUUGGGGAAAAGAUGGGAACAAAUAUGAGUGCUCUACUUAUACUAAGGAAAAAGGAGAAUUAAUUCCAUCCCCAACAUGAAUUGAUUAUUAUUAUUACAUCCAAAAUCCAAUUCCAGCAUAGGAAUAAUCUUUUUCCCCCCUAAGACAUGCUAUGAUACCACGUUCCAAUUACAAUUAGGCAAAAAGCAGUUAAUGCCAGUAGUGAAAUUGCAUUUCCAAGUUGAAACUGCAUUUACUUUUAAGCCUCAAACGCUAAUUUCGCAGUGCUAGAAUCUGAUUCCCUUCCAUUAAUCUUCACCAUCAUCACUCGAUCAGCAUGUGUAAACUGUAAGGCUAUUUAAUCACUGCAUGAUGCGAAUUCCGAAGAAGCCAUUCUCAUUUUCUCUCUCUAACUUCUCUCCUCAACUCGUAGCACCUCUUUUAUCUUCUCGCCUUUGCUUUGCCUUUGGAAUUUCCGUUAGAACUUCUCGCCCCUUCGCCAACAUCGCAUCACCAGGAACUAACCAGUUGCAUUCUCAAUAUUCAAUGGACGAGAACCAUGAUGCUGGAAUACAUGACCCAAGAUCAGUGGAUAUACCUGGCAAUGAUAGUGGAAAACAGCCACGUAUAUGGUCAUCUUCUCCUGAACAUGGAUUUAAAACUGAUAUAGGCAAACAGAUAUUCUGUAACCGGUCACUGAAUAUGAAGAACAUUGUUGCUGUUGGAUUUGACAUGGAUUAUACUCUGGCACAAUACAAACCUGAAACUUUUGAAUCCCUUGCUUAUCAAGGCACAAUUAAAAAGCUGGUUUACGAUUUGGGAUAUCCUAGCGAGUUACUAAAUUGGUCUUUUAACUGGAAGUACAUGGUCAGGGGCUUGGUUCUUGACAAAAAAAGAGGAAAUAUCUUGAAGAUGGAUCGCCACAAGUAUGUGAAAGUAGCCUAUCAUGGAUUUAGGGAGUUGUCAAAAGAAGAUAAAGUUGGGACCUACGGAAAUACUUUGGUACGCGAUUCAUUUGACGAGCCAGACUAUGCUCUAAUUGAUACACUCUUUUCUCUUGCGGAAGCCUACUUGUUUGCUCAACUGGUUGAUUUUAAGGAUUGUUAUCCUGGAAAGAUUCGAGAGGGCGUUGAUUAUGCUCGCAUGUAUAAAGAUGUUCGAGCUGCAGUUGAUUUGUGCCACCGUGAUGGGACGUUGAAGCAAAUGGUUGCUAAAGAUCCUGGAAGGUAUAUCAAUGAAGACAGCGCGAUAGUGCCUAUGCUUGAAAUGCUCAGAGAAUCUGGACGUGCAACAUUUUUAGUGACAAAUAGCUUAUGGGACUAUACAAACACUGUCAUGAAUUUCCUCUGUAGAUCCAGAAUGGUUGCUGGCAGUAACAAUUUUAACUGGCUUCAAUACUUUGAUGUUGUUAUCACUGGCAGUGCAAAGCCAGGAUUUUUUCACGAGGAAAAUCGUGCCAACCUAUUUGAGGUUGUGCCUGAGACUGGAAUGCUACUCAAUACAGAUAAUGGCUCUCCUAUGCCCCAGGUGGGUAACAUCUCGGCAAGGUUAUUCACAGAAGCAAAGAGUCAUGCUUGUCAAGUUUUCCAGGGAGGCAAUGUCGCUCAUCUGCAUAAACUGCUUUCCAUUGAAUCAAGUUCACAGGUUCUGUAUGUGGGGGAUCAUAUUUAUGGAGACAUACUGCGUAGCAAAAAGGUUCUUGGAUGGAGAACAAUGCUUGUAGUCCCAGAGCUUGAGAAGGAGGUUAAACUCCUCUGGGAAUCAAGGGACACCCGAAAGGAGCUUCAGUUCUUGAGGAGUGAGCGUGAUCGCAUUGAGGAUGAAGUACAUUAUUUGAAGUGGUCUCUCAAAUUCAAGAACCCAGAUGCUGAUGCCAAACAGAAGUUAUCUUCAGCACUUUAUAAAUUGGAGCUUGAAAGAGAGAGAAUGCGAUUAGUCCAUCAAGAAGCUCAAAGAAAAUUACAUCAAAGGUUUCAUGAACCAUGGGGACAGCUUAUGAAAACUGGUUAUCAGAAUUCUCGCUUUGCUCAUCAGGUUGAGAGAUUUGCCUGCCUUUAUACUAGCCAAGUAUCUAACUUGGCCAUGCACUCUCCAGACAAGUAUUACAGACCCAGUGAAGAUUUUAUGCAGCAUGAAUUUGGCAUUCUGACUUGUGAACCACGACAAAUGUAAGCUUAGGAAUUUGGGGCAGCAUCCCUUUGGAUUUGGAAUGUUGGAUUCUGAUAGGUCGUGCGUUUCUGAUUCCCAUUCCCCAUCUCUAGCUUGUUUUAGUCAUUCAAAGUGCCAUAUGAUAUUUUAAAUACUUGCUACAAGGGAAAAAAAACCUAGAUUUUAUCAUUAAAUUGUGUAUAGUUUGGUCCACCACUAAUGUGGGGGUGCUAGUGUGCAAUAGCGAUUUCAGAAAUUGAGUUCAUUUAAUAUACUUGCAGAUGAUUAGUUAGUAAACAAAUUGUAAAUGAAUUUUCAUUGAUAUUCACUAAUCUUUUGACACAUCAUUAUUUAUUCA